ACGUCCUGUCUAGCGGGCAAUAGCACGGUUUACAGCAGUUCGGUCCCUGCGUCGUGUCGGGAAGCUGGAAGAAAGGUCAUAAGCAUGAAACGCAGUUCAUUUUCCACCGGUGGUGCUGGCCGCCUCUCUAUGCAAGAAUUAAGAUCCCAGGACUUAAAUAAACCAGGCCUCCAUACCCCUCAAACCAAAGAGAAAUCAACCUUUGGAAAAUUGAAUAUAAACAAACCCACAUCUGAAAGAAAAGCCUCUGUAUUUGGUAAAAGAACUAGUGGACCUGGAUCCCGGAAUAGUCAAUUUGGUAUAUUCUCCACUUCUGAAAAAAUCAAGGAGCCAAGACCACUUAAUGACAAAGCAUUCAUUCAGCAAUGUAUUCGACAGCUCUGUGAGUUUCUUUCAGAAAACGGUUAUGCAUAUAGCGUAUCCAUGAAAUCUCUACAAGCUCCUUCUGUUAAAGACUUCCUAAAGAUCUUCACUUUUCUUUAUGGCUUCCUGUGCCCUUCGUAUGAACUUCCUGACACAAAGUUUGAAGAAGAGGUUCCAAGAAUCUUUAAAGAUCUUGGGUAUCCUUUUGCAUUAUCGAAAAGUUCCAUGUAUACAGUGGGGGCCCCUCAUACGUGGCCUCACAUUGUGGCAGCCUUGGUUUGGCUAAUAGACUGCAUCAAGUUACAUAAUGCCAUGAAAGAAAGCUCACCUUUAUUUGAUGAUGGACAGCCUUGGGGAGAAGAAACUGAAGAUGGAAUUAUGCAUAAUAAGUUGUUUUUGGACUACACCAUAAAAUGCUAUGAGAGUUUCAUGACUGGUGCCGACAGCUUUGAAGAGAUGAAUGCAGAGUUGCAGUCCAAGCUGAAGGAUUUAUUUAAUGUAGAUGCUUCCAAGCUGGAAUCAUUAGCAGCAAAAAACAGAGCAUUGAAUGAACAGAUUGCAAGAUUGGAACAAGAAAGAGAAAAAGAACCGAAUCGCCUAGAGUCAUUGAGAAAACUGAAAGCUUCCUUACAAGCAGAUGUUCAAAAAUAUCAGGCAUACAUGAGCAAUUUGGAGUCCCAUUCAGCCAUUCUUGACCAGAAAUUGAAUGGCCUCGAUGAAGAAAUUUCUAGAGUAGAACUAGAAUGUGAAACAAUGAAACAGGAGAAUUCUCGACUACAGAAUAUUGUUGAUAACCAGAAGUACUCAGUUGCAGACAUUGAGAGAAUAAAUCAUGAAAGAAAUGAAUUGCAGCAGACCAUUAAUAAAUUAACCAAGGACCUGGAGGCUGAACAACAGCAGUUGUGGAAUGAGGAACUGAAAUAUGCCCGAGGCAAAGAGGCGAUUGAAACGCAAUUAGCAGAGUAUCAUAAGUUGGCUAGAAAAUUAAAACUUAUCCCUAAGGGUGCUGAAAAUUCCAAAGGUUAUGACUUUGAAAUUAAGUUUAAUCCUGAAGCUGGUGCCAACUGCCUUGUCAAAUACAGAGCUCAAGUUUAUGUACCGCUCAAAGAACUCUUGAACCAAACUGAAGAAGAAAUUAAUAAAGCUCUAAAUAAGAAGAUGGGGUUAGAGGAUACUUUAGAACAAUUAAAUACAAUGAUCACCGAAAGCAGCAGAAGUGUACGAACUCUGAAAGAAGAAGUCCAAAAGCUGGAUGAUCUUCACCAACAAAAAGUUAAGGAAGCUGAGGAAGAGGACAAAAAAUGUGCCAAUGAGCUGGAGUCCUUGGAGAAACACAAGCACCUGCUGGAGAGUGCAGUUAACGAGGGCCUCAGUGAAGCUAUGAAUGAGUUAGAUGCUAUUCAGCGGGAAUGCCAACUAGUUGUGCAGACCACAACUGAAGAAAGACGAAAAGUGGGAAAUAACUUGCAGCGUCUUUUAGAGAUGGUUGCUACACACGUAGGGUCUGUAGAGAAACAUCUUGAGGAGCAGAUUGCUAAAGCUGAUAGAGAGUAUGAAGAAUACACGUCUGAAGAUCUCUUGGACAAUAUUAGAGAGAUUGGAGACAAGUAUAAGAAGAAAGCUGCUCUACUUAAGGCUUCUGAUGACUGAAGAUAAAAUGUUGAUUAAGCGAGAACUUUAUUAACAGUGUAAAUUUUGAAAUGUCCUUUGUAGGUUUGAAAAAUCUCUAGCAUAUCCUUUAUCCCUCCUUACAAUGAAGUCUCAUGACCACAUCUUCCCAAG